AUGCCAAACACGGGACGCUACGCCUGCAGAGGACAGGGUCUGAAGGAAGUGCCUGCACUGAUCGGUGAGCCGGAGAGGGCAAUAGAUGACCUCGAUGUCUCCAACAACUCCAUUGAGAUCCUGCAUGCGGAUUCCUUCAAAUCCUACCCGCGGCUGAGGAUCUUGCGACUGGAAAGUAAUCGUUUGUGGAGGAUCACCGAGGAGGCGUUUCACAGCCUACCUCACCUCGAGCAGCUCUACUUGAGGGGGAAUCAAUUAGCCAUUCAGCCUGGCGGUCUUGACACAAGGGCUCUAGCUACCCUAGGUGGUCUGCGCGUACUGGACCUAUCAGAGAAUCCCAUUGGUUACCUGCCCGGGCAGAUUUUCAAAUCCCUGGUGAAUCUGGUGGAUCUACGGCUUGAGACUAUGGUGCGCGAUGUCACCUUCCAGAGGCAUUGCUUCGAGGGCAUGACGGCACUUCAGAGACUGAGUCUGGCCCACAAUAAGUUCACCACGCUGCCUGCAUUCCUGGCCGAGGAGCUGGGACGCCUGCCGAGGUUGAAAGAGGUGAGACUUGAGGGCAACCGCUGGAACUGUGAUUGCCAUCUCGGCUGGAUCAGCGCGAAUCUGCGGUGGAGAUCAGGCGAAGAUGAGGCGGCGGCGUCGUCGUCGUCAGCGGGGAGUGAACCGCGUUGUUCACAGCCUGAGGCUCUUGCCAAUCGACCUCUCUUCUCCCUGCCGCACAGUGAGUUUCAAUGCGCCCCAGUGGCCCUCAACGGGGAAACCACGCAGGUCCACGAAGCGGAGGUCGGCGCCACCGUGACCCUAGUCUGUAACUUUCAUGUUCAACCCCGAGGCUACAUCCGUUGGUACAAAGAUGAUCAAGUGAUUGAGCGACAGACCGGCUGGCAGCGGUUGAAGCAGCAUCAGCAGCAGCAGGAAUCCACGAUGCAGGCCGACGGGCAGUUGCUACUACAGCAGACCAACCUUACCCUCCUCAGCGUCCAACCGGGCAGGGAUGAUGGCUUGUAUAUGUGCGAAACAGGCAACAAGCGUGGAAAAGCCUCCGUGCUGUUUCCCCUGAAAGUCGUCUACCCGGACGGGGAGGCGAGAGUGGCCCGCUUGGCGGCCAACAAUGCUCUCCUCUUUGCCCUCAUCCUCGGCGGCAGUCUGGUGAUGAUCCUCGCAGCCGCCAUUGUGGCUGUGCUCUGCUACCGCAAAGCCAAGGCCGCUGAAGGUCGGUCGCGCCUACUGACAACAUCGUCGUCCGCGCCGGCAACACCUGACGGUCUCUACGCGUGUGGGACUAAGGUGGAACUGACAGAGGACCGCGGCGGGACAAUCACACGGCUACUCGGAGAAGAGGAACAACAGGGAGGCCGGAGCGGCGUCCUGCAGGAACAGCCGGUGGAACACGGACUCCUACUAAACAGACUCUACGUCGGAUGGACUUCUGAAGAGAAGGAUGUGGUAGCGGUUCACUUUUGGGAGAGGGAGGCAACGCAGGGGAGGCAGGAGGAGCAUCCGACGGGCGAAAACCGUACACAAUAUCAUGCUCCGUACUACCUACGCACCGUUAAAGUGCACAGCAUGGACGGUGAUUAG